CUCGCUCCCGUCCGGCGGCUGCAGCGCGCGGUUUCUGCUUUUCUGAGGUCGUCGCGGCGCAGGUGUGAUGGCGAACGCGCUAUUCUCCGCAUCUGCGAACGUUUAACCGUUAAAUCAGACAUGGCGCGCCGUCAGGGAUCGGUUCUGCUGGUUCUGCUGGUUCUCAGCGGCGGGAGUUCUGCUUUACCGAACCGGGCCAGCAGCGAUGCGCAACACGACACCACCGACAGUAAUAACACCAAUAAAUACACCAAUAAAGACUCUCUGGGAAUCACCGAGCGCCUACCAAAGCUACAGGACAACAGCAGUGCUGUGAGACGGUGGCGCGUUCUGGGGGACCCCGGGCCCUUGUGCGCUUACCGCACUCUCGACGCAGGUGACCCCGGGCGUCUGUGCUUCCGCUACGCCCAAACUGACUUCAGGUGUGCUAGCGCUAGCUGUCGACAGGUGAGCUCACCUGGAGGGCAACUCACGGCGAAUAUUCUGUCCAACGGAAGUGUGUUCAUUCAGUGGACGGUCGCUCACGAGGCCCCGCCGAAGGGCCCCGCUCCAGAUCAAACGGGCGGGUUCAGGCUUAGCUGCUGGUGGAACGGAAGCUACACGCAAUUCGAAUGCGCCGGCGUUCAUUUAGGCUCCGGCUGCAGGGAUUAUUUACUUAACGAGCUGCACACGAACGUCCCCUACCGGCUGUGCGUGCGGCCCUACGACCUCGAACGGGACGAAGCCUGCGUGGAGUUCAGCCUCGCGCCCGGCGGGAUGCAGGACAUCGUUAUCGCCAUGACGACGGUGGGCGGAGCCAUCUGCGUGAUGCUGGUCAUCAUCUGCCUGCUGGUGGCGUACAUCACCGAGAACAUCAUGAACCCGACGGCGCAGCACACGCUCGCGGCGCAGCACUCGCACAGAUCGCACUUACACACGCACCUGUGAAAACGCAAGCACAAGUAUCGGCAUCAAACAUCGUUAUCGUCACGCAAACACACAUGCGCACUUUUCCUACAACCAAGUGCGGAAUCCACGUCAAACUGCACUUUCACGACACUAUUUACUAUUUACCGGCUGCGUUCGGAAUGGAGUACUUAGCUACUAUUUAACGAAUACUGCGCGGUGUGCGCUGUCUACUACUUUUGAGAAAUAGAAAAGUAGGCACUGUUCUGAAAUGGCGUCCAGUUCUUAGAAAAGACUGUUUGCAUGUUUUAGCGCAAUUUAAAAUGUUGGCAAUCACAUAAGAAUUUAAGAAAGGGGAUACAGUAUACCGCAGAAAUAGUAGGAAUAAUAUGACAAUUCCGAACAUAGCCAUCCCUUACGAAAAUUAACCAGGGCUUUAUUGUAGUAAAAGUGUACAGUAGUAACCAUGAUUUUUCUGGUGUAUUGAUUACCAUUUGUAUAACCACAGUUUUACUACAAAUACCAUGGUUAAACUAUGGUUAGUGUAGCAAAACCAUGUGGUUACCAAUAGUAGCCGUGGUUUUUUGGUUUUGUGUUGAAACCAUGGUAAACUGUCAUAAGGGAUACGCUUAGCUAUACACCGACAAGCAUUUUUCCUGUGUUUAUGUGCAUUUUCAUCUGUAGUCUCGUUUAAUAAUCCCAUUUACCAAAAAACUGUGCACUCAUUGAUAUUUAGACUUAUAGCUAUAUUAAUAUUUGUUUCAGAAAUGCAAAAUAACUGCAUAUGAUGGCUUUGUGUAAGGUGUUUUCAGGCUUAGUGAGUGUAGUAAGGAAGGAAAGCUGCUUUACUUUUAUCCGAGGGACGCUGUAGUUUUGUACUCUGUGUGUCAAACCCAAUAAUUUACAGUAUGCCUUAUCUUUACACGACUCUUCUAAUUCUGAGUUAGUAAUAUUCACCAAAAUAAGGACCCACUGACUGGCUGAACAGUCUUUUGAAUACUGUGCUUUUUUCCUCUGUUAUAUAAACCUUUUGUGUCAAUAAAAGGGUGAAUUUAAUAAACAGGCUUGCUUUGUA